CGCAGCAGCAGCAGUUCCAGUAGUGAGACAGCGGCAGCAUCGCCCACACAGGAGAUCCCAUCGGCGCAAGAAGGAGGGGUGCAGCAAACGAAAGCUUUUAUAGAAGAGCAGAAAUAGUAAGAGGGAAAGAAGCAAGUACAUCGCUGCCUGGCUGGACGCAGAGCGACAACAAAGCAUCCUUAUCCAGCUGUGCCGGAGUCAGGAUGGUGAUUAAAGUUUAUAUCGCGACGUCUUCAGGCUCCACAUCGAUUAAGAAGAAACAGCAAGAUGUCCUAGGGUUUUUACACGCUGUUAAAAUUGAAUAUGAAGAGAAAGAUAUUGCCGCCAAUGAGGAGAAUCGAAAGUGGAUGAGAGAGAAUGUUCCUGAGAAUUGCCGACCAACAAAUGGCAACCCACUGCCUCCUCAGAUCUUCAAUGAAUGCAAAUAUUGUGGGGAUUAUGAUGCCUUCUUUGAAGCACGAGAGAAUAAUGUAGUCUAUGCCUUCCUUGGGUUGACAGCUCCACCUGGUUCAAAGGAAGCUGAGGCUCUGGCAAAGCAGAAUGCUGAAUCAUCCUAACCUGAAUGAUCCAGAACCAAACCAAACGUUCCACAGCUUUUCCAAGCCUCCAAAAUGCGCUUCAGCUAAACAAAACAAUGUAUCUCCGCUAAACUCUUAACCCUUUAAUGUAAAAUUGUAUUACUGGCUUCUUUGGCAGCGUGGGGGUUGGCUGUUUUCUGCGAGUGAUGAAGAUGCAAUUGUACGUGCCAAAAGUAUCUCUUGUAUUAAUAAGAAAACAGGAGGGAAAGGCCAUUGUAGGAAAAGUAAUUGGCAGUUUUAUAAACGUAACACAAUAGUUGUAAAUUAUUUGAUAUCUGGUGCCACCCCUUAUUUCUUUCUCAGAAGAACAUAGACCUUUUGAUUUUCCCUUUAAACACAGGAAAUUAGGAAAUCAUUUGCAACGUUUUCCUAAAUUCUGACAGUAUAAUGUCUGUUUGUGACCAAUUUCUCUUUUUCUGAAAUAUAUUUUUGUUAUGAUGAAUGGAAGGUGGAAAACAAGGCAACAUCGGACACAAAGGUGCACUGAAAGGUUUUUGGUGCAGGGACCAUGAACAUGGUACUAAUUCUGGUUACCAUAAUGAAGUUAGAGAGAAACUAAGGGCAGAAUAAAUCAACAUCUGUGGUUGCUUCCCCUGAAAUAAAUUAAGAGUUUGCUGACAGGACAACAUAGAACUUCUGCUGCGCUAUAUUAGUUCUUAACAUGGUAUACAUAUAUAAAAUAUUAUUAUAACGUACAUUGCUAUAGUGUACCAAGGCUAUCCAGAACAGCAUUCACCCCAAA